AUGGCACUAGGAAACCAAACUGAUCAUUUGGCUUUGCUCCAAUUCAAGCAACUAAUAUCUAGUGAUCCAUAUGGUAUCCUAGAUUCUUGGAAUAGUUCAACCCACUUUUGCAAAUGGAAUGGAAUCAUAUGCGGUCCCAAGCAUCAAAGAGUUACAAACUUGAAGUUGCAAGGGUACAAAUUGCAUGGAUCAAUAUCUCCGUAUAUUGGCAAUCUCUCUCAAAUGAGAUACCUCAACCUUGGAAAUAACAGCUUCAAUGGAAACAUUCCACAAGAAUUGGGUCGUUUGUCAAAAUUAAGGUAUCUCCUUCUACUCAACAACUCGUUGGUUGGGGAAUUUCCUAUAAACUUGACAAAGUGCUAUGAGCUCAAAACCAUAGACUUAGAAGGAAACAAAUUUAUUGGUAAAUUACCUAGCCAAAUUGGUUCUCUUCAAAAGCUUCAAAAUUUCUUCAUCGAGAGAAACAAUUUAUCCGGAAAAAUCCCACCAUCAAUAGGUAAUCUUUCAUCCCUUGCUAUUUUAUCAAUCGGUUAUAAUAACUUGAUGGGAAAUAUUCCACAAGAAAUGUGCUUCCUAAAACAGUUAUGGGCUAUAGCAAUGGAUGUCAACAAAUUGUCUGGUACAUUUCCUUCUUGUCUUUAUAAUAUGACAUCUCUUCAAGUGAUCUCAGUUGCAGUGAAUAGCUUUAGUGGCUCUCUUCCACCCAAUAUGUUCCACACUCUCCCCAAUCUCCAAUAUUUUACAGUUGGAUCAAAUCAAUUCUUAGGUCCAAUCCCCACUUCAAUUUCGAAUGCUUCUUCUUUGACAUUAUUUGAAAUUGGUGACAACCAUUUUGUUGGACAAGUUCCAAGUCUAGGGAAGCUAAAAGAUCUUUAUUUGCUAAAUUUGGAAAUGAACAUUUUAGGUGACAACUCAACAAUUGAUUUGGAGUUUUUAAAAUCAUUGACAAACUGUAAUUGGGGUUAA